GCGGCGGCAGCGCGGCAGCGGCGCGGAGAAAAACUAAGUUCCUAAACUAGUGGAGCUACUUGAACAGGCUGUUUUGAUGUGUUUCCUAUUGCCUGAUUUACUGACAUAAAGAGAAUUCCAUUUAUCACUGGCAGUGUCACAAACUCUUGUAGUUGUGAUUUAUUUAUGUUGUUGCGUUUUCUCUGUUUGCCCAGUGAUAACUGGCUGGCCAAGCUUUUUUUUUUCCACCCUGUCUAUAGUCAGUGUCCCGUUUUGGCUUGGUUGUGUGAAGGUGAUGGUGGUGUGGCUUUGGUUUGUGAUCUUGCAGGGAAGUGUGUAGAGAGGGUCAUAAAUCUACAGCAGUGUUUGGUGGCUUUUGUUUUGGUGUGUGUGUCACUUUACUUACAGAGCAAUAUCUUAACUUUUGUCCUUGCCCUGUCGAGCAGAAGUGAAAGUCAGAUGCUGGGCACAAGCUUCUGCAAUCAGUUACCCUUUAAACUUUCUGCAACCAUAGACUCCUCAAUCAGAGGAGACUUGGUGAAAAAUCAUAGUAAUGUUAAAAAACAAAUCAGAAGCAAUCCAAAGCAUCCUCUUGUCUUGGUAUCAGUAAAAGAAUUUCAUUAUUAAAUUAUACCAGAAACAUUUAUUUACACAGUCAUCUCCAUAUCAGGCAGCGUUAAUCAGAUCUGUUACUGCUUGCCCACAGGCUUCAACUUGAACCUCUCCUUGCUCUUCCAGGCGUCGAUGGAGAGCAUGAUACCAUACUAUUAUUCCUGCAGGUGUUCAGAGAAGAUGCUGAGAGAAAGGAGCAGGAGCAUAUGGGAUAGUCCUGUCUCAGUGCAAUGCAAGUCUAGGUUCGAAUUGUUGCCACCUUGAAAACUGGGCUGUAUUUGACAUGUUAAUAGUCCCACCAAAAUGAUGUAAUUUCACCUUUCACUAGUCCGUGGCAACAGGUACAGGUUAACAGAGUAGCUUCUGGAAUGUUCCAGCACUUGAAUGCAGCAUCAGUGUAAUGCUCGGAGGCACUCUCCUGUUAGUGGCAGGGUUUUGGUAGGCCUCAUAUUGCUGCACCAAACCACAUGGGGGAAAAUACAGCCCAGUUCUUGUUCAUAAGUUUUAGUUCUGUGGGUUUUUCCCCCCUUCCCCAGAACCCUUGGUCUUGAAGAUGGUGAGUAGCCAGCCUAAGUACGAUCUAAUACGGGAGGUUGGUCGUGGCAGUUAUGGUGUGGUGUACGAAGCAGUCGUCAGGAAGACCUCUGCACGGGUCGCGGUGAAAAAGAUUCGGUGCCAUGCUCCAGAGAACGUGGAACUAGCUCUGCGUGAGUUCUGGGCACUUAGCAGUAUCAAGAGCCAGCAUCCCAACGUCAUUCACCUGGAGGAGUGCAUCUUGCAGAAAGAUGGUAUGGUGCAGAAGAUGUCCCAUGGCUCCAGUUCCUCCCUUUAUUUACAGCUUGUAGAGACCUCAUUAAAAGGAGAAAUAGUCUUUGACCCCAGGAGUGCUUAUUACCUCUGGUUUGUAAUGGAUUUCUGUGAUGGAGGAGACAUGAAUGAGUAUCUGUUGUCCAGAAAGCCAAACCGCAAGACCAACACCAGUUUCAUGCUUCAGCUCAGCAGUGCGCUGGCAUUCCUGCACAAAAAUCAGAUUAUUCAUCGUGAUCUCAAACCUGACAAUAUUCUGAUAUCUCAGAGCAGGAUGGAUACUAGUGACUUGGAGCCUACCCUGAAAGUGGCUGAUUUUGGGCUGAGUAAAGUAUGCUCAGCCUCAGGACAGAAUGCUGAGGAACCAGUCAACGUAAAUAAGUGUUUUCUAUCAACUGCAUGUGGGACUGACUUCUAUAUGGCCCCUGAGGUCUGGGAAGGACACUACACUGCCAAAGCAGACAUCUUUGCAUUGGGGAUUAUAAUCUGGGCGAUGUUGGAAAGAAUCACAUUUAUAGAUACAGAAACAAAGAAAGAACUUCUGGGGAGUUACGUCAAGCAGGGGACAGCAAUUGUGCCCGUUGGAGAGGCGCUCCUGGAGAACCCCAAAAUGGAACUGCUCAUCCCCGUGAAGAAAAAGUCCAUGAAUGCUCAAAUGAAACGGCUGCUCAAGGAGAUGCUGGCUGCCAAUCCACAGGACCGCCCCGAUGCCUUUGAGCUGGAGCUUCGAUUAGUCAACAUAGCUUUUAAGGACAGCAGCUGGGACACGUGACAGGGGCCCAGACGUGUGUGUGUCUUGAUAGAGCUGCUUCUCACUGAACUGAUAGUGCAACUUAACAGCAGUAAAAGAAACGAGCCUGAACUCCAACCUGCAGGGUGUAGUUUCUACCAAAUGAAUCUCUUUCGAGUCUCAUGAUACGAGUGUUGAGUUGGCUGUUGUGUUAGCGGUGCGUUGAUGUGUAUAAUACCAGGAUGUUACAUGCAAGUGUAAGAUGUGGCAGUGUUUGUCGGUGUAUGCUGGCAGUGGGAUGUCUUAAGAGCUGAGACUUGAUUUCCAGCACUAUGUCAUGGAGUAUUUCGUACAUUCCAGUUUUCCUAUGUGAGUAUUAGGAACUCUAAUGGAAAGAAGAGAUUUGCAUGCUGGUAGUGCAAAUCUUCAAGCUUUGUAAAGUAAUUCUGUGUAUAUAUUUAUGUAUAUGAGUGACUGGGAGUGUAUGCCACGUAAAUUAUUUGGUGUGGGUCUGAAUGAUUAGGGUCUGCUAGAAAACAAGAUGAAGAUAGAUGAGAAGCAUUCCUCCUCCUUCAGGCCUGAAUAGCUUGAUUAUUUAUUUUUGUUAUCUAAUGUCAAAGAGGGGGUCUGAGACUUGACUUAGAUUAAAAAAAAAAAAAAAAAAAAGAAAUUGCAAUGCAAGGGGCUCAGCAGUUCUCAAAGUGCUGAUGUGGCCACACUGAGCACUUACAGCUUCAUGAGCUUGUCACUGAGGGAGUCAAAACCAUAUGCAGUUGGGUGCUAGCAUGUUGCCUUGCUCAUUAAUCAUUCAAUUUUGCUUUCUCCUAGUGAUCAAACACUUGAUUAAUCAGUUAAUCUACACUUUCAGAUAUGCUCUCUACUCCUGUAUCUAUAAUUUAAUAGCACCUUGAGGAUUUAUAAUAAGAGUACUGCGGGCUUAUGGAAAAUGGAUGAGAGAAUCCAGCAGCAUAGAGUGUUAUUUUUAAGAUUCUUUAAAAUAUGGUGGUGGUUUUCCCAUUAACUGGAUCUAACUAGGGAAAAUGGUCAUGGCCUCUUCCUUUCUGGCACUGCCUCUAACCUGGUAGUGAGGAGGAGAUAAAGGAGUGACUAUUUAUCUUGUAGCACACACCUAUUCAGUAACCAGUAUGUGAGAGGUAUCUCCCAUUUGCGUGGCAACCUUGGCUCUUUUUUUUUUUUUUUUUUUUUUUUUAGCUUUUUUCCUUUUAAAGAAGUGAUAUUUACUUAAAAGCACAGAUGGGGGAAUAUAGCUUUGAAGUAGUUGAAAGGCUGCUCAUCCUUAGCUCUUCUUCCACAGAAGCAGCUUGAUAUGCCAAGAAAGGACUAUGACCUGUCAUCAAUCUGACCUUUUGGAAAAAAGUAGUCUUAAAGAAUUGCCUUUAAAGCAACAAAGGCCAGUUUUCUUAAUAAAAUCAACCUAGUGUUUUGGGGCUUUUUUGUUUUUUUUCUUUUUCCCCAAAGUUUACCUGAAAACUGUGGUAUUUCCCUGUGUAAUUUACUUCUCAAGAUACUGUUCCCUCUUAGUGCUGUGAGAGUAAUUCUGAUUAGUCAUUGUUUAUUCUGCCCAAGUAUGAAUAAACAGCACAAAAUACAACUUCUUAUCUUUCCAAAAAGCAAAGGAUUCAGAUUCUGCCAAACUUCUGAGGCUUUACAGGGUUCAGAUGGCUCUUACCUGGUGGCUUAUAGAGCUGGUAGCAGUUACGUAGGGAACCUUAGUCCUUAAUUCUUAUUUUGCUUGACCUCACCCUUCACCUUACCUUCAUUUCACAACCUGAAGUUGUCAUAAACAGUGAUUCUCAGAUGAUAAGGCUUUGCUGUCUCAAUGUUUAUUGUUUAGAAGAUGCUAUAGAAAUAACUUUCAGAAGACUACAGCAGAGUAAUAGAGCUCCAGUGUAAAUGGGCAGCGAUGGAGAGGUGACUCUGUCGUACCAAGGACACAGCCUGUUGCCUCUGUAGAUGUCCCAGUGUUGCUCCUUCCCUGCAGAGAGCUUAGUCUGCAGAAGACUUGGAGCCUACCUCUGAGUAACCAUCAGGAGAGAUGUAUUUUUUCUUAUGCUCUAGAAACAGAGAUGUGUGUGUCCUCAUUUUAACCGAGUUCAGCACAACUGAAGCCUUGGCUUGUUGCUGAAAGGAAAACAAACCACUCGCUGUCUGUGCCAGCACUGUUUCACAGUAUUUACAUUUAUCUCAGCAUGGUCAUUCGAUGAGUAGAGUUUGUAGAGGGCGUAUAAUUUUUGCAUGUUGAACUUGAGAGCUUUUUAAAAAUACAUUGCUAACUUCCUCCUCUCUUACCCACCCAAAAGUCAGAAUCAACUGUUAGCUCAAAGUAUGAAUUUACUACAGAAUAACACUUAACCUUUAAGGUGCUUUGCAAAUCAUCUGAUUCUCUGAAAUAUUUUAAAGGCUAAACACUGAAUAUGCUGCCUGCCUGCAGUGUAGAAAUGGCACAGGAAAUGGGGUUUUUGACUUCCCAAGUGUUUCUUUGCACUGAUGGCCACUUUAAAGCAUGGGGGUACCUGAAAUCCCUCUCAUGGUGCUUUGCCUUGCUGUGGAGUGUUUCCUUGGUUAUCACUGAAUGGUAGUCCUUGAGUCUGUGUUCUAUUUGAUUUUUGUUGUCUGAGGUCUUUGUUUUAAAACCUUUGAUAAAUCAGAUUGUUGUAGCAGCUCUGGAGUUACUCACCAGCGUGACACAAAGUCAAGAGACUUUUCAGUGCUCAGAAAAGAGGGUUUUUUUUUUUUCCAAAUCUUUCUUUAAAGACUGUAAAAUAUAUUUUACAAAGAAUUUAUAAUGAGGAAAAUGGUGCAAUUUCAGUUCAUGACUUUUUUUGAAAUAAAAUCUGAUUUUCAAUGAA